ACACAAGCAAGCUAGUAGGAGAAGGUGGAGUGAAGUCACUAGCUGUCUGUGUCUGUUUCAGCCAGAAUGUGCAUGAAGCAACUUCUCCUGAGUGUGUCCCUUCUGUGUCUCAUAGAUGGAGGGAGAUCAGAAACGCAAUAUAUGUUUAUCACGCCUGCUCUUUUGAAGAGUCAAGAGACAGGAAAAGUCUGUGUGACUCUCAAAAAAAUUGACGAGCCACUUGACCUCAAUGUCGUCCUACAAUUAAAUGGACAAAAUACCACCAUAUUCUCUGAGGAUGUUCCACCUCCGUCUUUCUUCCAGUGUAAUGACAUCACGGCUCCAUCAGCUGGAGAUCCAACAGUAGGCUUCAUAAUGUUUUCUGCCAUCGGAACCAACACCACAAUCCUAGACCGCAAGUCAGUGGUGGUUCAGUCUACAGAGAAUCACUACUUUUUCCAAAUGGAUAAACCCCUCUAUAAACAAGGGCAGAAAGUGCAGUUCCGGAUCAUCUCUUUAGACUCAAACCUGAAGCCAGUAAAGGAGUCGUAUCCUGUUGUCUACUUACAGGACCCUUCACAAAAUCGUUUGGUUCAGUGGAAGAACCAGGAGUCCAAUCAAGGUGUUGUGUCCAUGGAAUUCCAAUUAAAUGAUGAUGCAGCUCCAGGCAAUUACUUUAUAAGAGCUGAGAGAUCCUCUGGUUCUGACGUUGAUCACAGUUUUAAUGUAGACGAAUAUGUAUUACCCAGAUUUUCUACUGAAUUGGAUUCCCCAAAUACAUUGUCUGUGCUGGAUGGGUUUCUGUCAUUUAAUAUCUCUGCAAGCUAUACCUACGGCCAACCUGUGCCUGGAACCAUUCUCGCUAAAUCUUGUUUGCAAAAUGACAUAUAUGGCAGAAGCAACAACUGUUAUAAAAACUCAUGCUUAAAUAUCACAGGAAAGCUGGACUCAGAGGGUAAUUUCCAUGGUGCUUUUGAACUAAAAUCAUUUGACAGUGGGUUCUCAGGAUCCCAGAGAAGGUUCGUUCUGGAUGCCAUUGUGACAGAGGAUGGAACAGGAAUUCAAGACAGGAAGUCACGCUACACAUGGAUGACCAGCGAGCUUGCUAGACUCUACUUUGACUAUGGAAGGAUCAAUAGAUACUAUAAACGAGGACUUCCCUUUAAAGUUUCGGUGGUAUUAAAAGAUGAAAAAAACAAUCCCAUGCAAGGUGAAAAGAUCGAACUGGAAAUAAAUAGAGACAUCAUUCAGAAUGUAACAACAAAUGCAGACGGCAGAGCAACGUAUGAGAUUGAUACAUCCAACUUUGUAGAGGACAACUUUACUAUUAAGGCUUCUUACAAGAAUCCCAAUCAGUGCUACUUCGUAGAGUGGCGUGGUUGGGACACCCCUGAUUAUCCUACAGCUGAAUAUACGGCUCUGCGUUUUUACUCUGUAUCUGGAAAUUUCCUGCAAAUACAAAGUACUCAAGAAGAACUGAGCUGCUGGAAAAGCCACAGCAUUACGGUGUCCUAUGUACUAACCGCAGCAGGAAUUGGGAAGGACAUGUGUGGAAAUGAAAAGUUAGCACGCAGUUCAAAAGAUACAGAUGAAUUUACCUUUUACUACGUGGUGUUAAACAAAAUGAAAAUUGUUCACAGCGGUCAGAAAAAAGUUCCUGUAACAAACUCUCUGAAUGGCACAUUUUCGAUUGAUCUUUCUGUAACCUCGGAAUGGGCUCCCUCUGCCCAGCUCAUCGUGUAUGCUCUACCGGAAGAGGAGCUUGUGGCAGACACUGCUAAUCUCAAUGUAGAUACAUGCUUUCAAAACCAGGUUUCUCUUACAUUCUCAGAAGAAAAAGCGACACCAGCUUCCAGUAUUGAUGUACAAGUGACAGGCGCCCCAAUGUCUCUAUGUGGGAUCCGAGUCAUUGAUUCCAGUCUCCUUAUUCUAAGCCCAUAUGAGAGUUUCAAUGCCGACGCAGUGUAUAAUUCCCUCCGAUACUCGUCACUGUACGGAUACAAUGUUGGUGGGUUUGAUCUGGAAGAGCCUGCUCCUCCAUGCGAAGAUGCUAACAAGCAAAUAUUUUACAACGGAGGGUACUAUACACAGACCAGCAGCAACAGCGAAGGGGAUACAUACAACACUCUGAAGGAAAUCGGAAUGAUUGUUGGUACGAAUGCCAGAUUAAAGAAACCUGUCGUAUGUGGUAUGGAGCCAAAUGUUCCAUUUCAUAGAGGAGGACAAGGCUUUGGGGGCAUACCUUUAAGAGCUGACAUGAAGGUUGCUAGUGGUUCUGGAGGUGGUUCUGGAGGUGGUUCUGGUUUUGGUGGCGGCGGCGAAUCCAUUGUCACUGUUCGCAAAAACUUUGCGGAGACGUUUGUGUGGAAGAUGGUACCUUUAGAUUCUGAAGGUCGUGCUACCCUAUCGGAGAUUAUUCCAGAUACCAUCACCGAGUGGAAAGGUUCUGUUUUCUGUACAUCCGAGAAGCAAGGUUUUGGAAUGACUCGGUCAUAUUCCAACUUAACCUCGUUUAUGCCGUUCUUUAUGGAAAUGUCUAUGCCCUAUUCCAUUGUUAGAGGAGAGACCCUGGUUUUGGCGGCCGUCAUAGCGAACUACAUGGACAUGUGUGCCGAUGUCACUGCGUUGUUAUCCCCAUCUAAUGACUUCACGGCUCAGCUCCAGAGUAAUAAGAAUCCGAAAAAGAAAAUUGCUGACCCAGAUUUUCAAUGCAUUUGCAAUAAGCAGAGGGCCUCAUUCACGUAUCAUGUCCAGGCGAAAAAAAUAGGAGAAAUCUCUAUUGUGGGCUCAGGUGUAACAUCUCACAUUAAACAAUCUUGUAAGGGACCCAGUGACGCUUCCCAGCCACCUCGUAAUGACACUGUAAUACAGACACUUCGUGUAGAGGCUGAGGGAAUUAAGAAAGAAGAGACCAUCAGCCACUUGGUCUGUGUACAAGAUACGAAUUCGCAGGUUCCUCUCAAGAUAAACUCUCCUACAAACGUGGUGGCUGACUCUGCUAGUGCAUUUGUGACUGUUUUUGGUGACCUCAUGAGUCUUCCAUCCCAUUUCUUGGAGGCUAUGAUCCAGUUGCCCACAGGUUGCGGUGAGCAGAAUAUUGCACUCUUGGCUAUCAUUCCAGCCAUACUCAAUUAUCUCAAUGUUACGAACCAGCUAACUCCUGAAAAGCUUGAAAAAGCCAAGAAUUUUAUGAGUCAGGGGUAUUACAGACAGCUCCAAUUCAAGGAUAAUUCAGGAUGCUAUACCCUGUUUAAAAUUGGUUUAAGAUUUGGUGACUACAAACCCUCUUGCAAUUCUUGGCUGACAGCCAAGACCUUUAUUGCCUUAGAAGAUGUCAAGCACUUUGUUUACAUUGAUGAGAAUGUCCAGGAGCAAGCCCUGAUCUAUUUAUCAAGAUCCCAGAAGCUGGAUACAGGUUGCUUCAAGCCUGAAGGAAAGCUUUUUAGGCAGCAGAGCGAAGAGGAAGAUGCCAUCAGUUACACUGCUAUACUCGCCAUCGCUUUGCUGAAAUCUAACUACAGUCCCGGGAAGACCCUGCAGGAAGGAGCCGUGUCGUGUCUGAAAAAUGCUUAUAGCACAGCAUCCGUGAAGAGUACUUAUAACAAAGCUCUGUUAGCCUACGUAUUUACACUGGCCGGACUGGAUGAGGAGAGGUCUGCUGUGCUCUCAGAACUGAAAAGUCGGGCCAUCUCUCAAGGUGGCACAAUCCAUUGGGAGCGGGAUGGCGUGCCAGUGUUAGAGCGUGCUCAAUUCUUCCCCAGUCCCCUUGCCUCACAAGAAGUGGAGACAGCAGCCUAUGUUUUAUUGGCGCACACCAUGGGCCGCUCUGUUACCCAGGAAGAUAAGAACACCAUGGCUGAGAUCUCAAGGUUUCUCGUCCAGCAACAGAACUCGUAUGGGAGCUUCCGCUCAACACAGGACACAGUGGUUGCUUUACAGGCUCUUGCAGAGUUUGCUAAACACAUAUUCACCCCUAACAGCCACAAUACUGUGCAAGUAAAUUCAAGAAAUAGGAAAAUAGCCCAAAUUGACGUGAACCAAGAAAACCGGUUAGUUGUCCAAAGACAACCCUUGCCAAGUGUGAAUGGGCAAUAUGACAUAGUGGUCGGUGGAAGCGGAUGCUGCCUUGUACAGAGCACGGUCCGAUACAAUAUCCCAGUGCCAAAGGAAAAUUCUGCUUUUGCAUUGUCUGUGACCACAUCUGCCAAAGACUGCCUGAAUGGCGUGGCAGUCAUCUUUACAGUUAACGUGACAGUCAGGUAUCAAGGAAAGCGAAAUGCCUCCAAUAUGGCCAUCAUUGACUGUAAAAUGCUUUCUGGAUUCAAAGCAGAUUAUAUGUCACUCAGAGAGCUCAAACAAUCGAACAUCAUUUCUGAGUCCGAGGAGAAAAAUGGCCAUCUGUAUUUUUAUUUCCCAUCGAUAUCUAAGGACACAAAAUCAUUCUCAUUCAAAGUAGAAAUGGGUAGCCGCGUGCUCAACGUGAAGUCUAGCUCUGCCUAUGUUUGGGACUAUUAUGAAACAGCUGAGAAUGGUUAUGCAUCAUACCAGCAUCCCUGUGCAACACAGAAUUAAGAUAUACUGACAUCGGCCAACAGGGAAUACAGAACAUUCAAGAUUCUCAGUCAUCCAAAUAUUCCUACAACUGCUACAAAGCAGCAAUUCUUCCCAUGAAGAUUCCUCCGUAUAGUCACACGUGGACACUGCCCAUGAAGAUUCCUCCAUAAAGCCACACGUGGACACCACCCAUGAUGAUUCCUCCAUAGAGCCACACGUGCACACCACCCCAUGAAGAUUCUUCCAUAAGUCACACGUGGACACUGCCCAUGAAUAUUACUUCAUAUAGGCACACGUGGGCACUGCCCAUUAAGAUUUUUCCAUAUAGCCAUGCAUUGACACUGCCCAUGAAUAUUCCUCCAUAUAGCCACACGUGGACAUUGUCCAUGAAUUAUUCUCCAUAUAACCAGUCGUGGACACUGCCCAUGAAGAUUUCUCUAUAUUGACUCUCGUGGACACUGCCCAUAAAUGUUCCUCCAUAUAGCCACACGUGGACAUUGCCCAUGAAUGUUCCUCCAUUUAGCCACACGUGGACAUUGCCCAUGAAUGUUCCUCCAUAUAACCACACGUGGACAUUGCCCAUACAUCUUCCUCCAUUUAGCCACACGUGGACAUUGCCCAUUCAUCUUCCUCCAUUUAGCCACACGUGGACAUUGCCCAUACAUCUUCCUCCAUUUAGCCACACGUGGACAUUGCCCAUACAUCUUCCUCCAUUUAGCCACACGUGGACAUUGCCCAUAAAUAUUCCUCCAUAUAGCCACACGUGGACAUUGCCCAUAAAUAUUCCUCCAUAUAGCCACAUGUGGACAUUGCCCAUGAAUGUUCCUCCAUAUAACCACACGUGGACAUUGCCCAUGAAUGUUCCUCCAUUUAGCCACACGUGGACAUUGCCCAUGAAUGUUCCUCCAUUUAGCCACACGUGGACAUUGCCCAUGAAUGUUCCUCCAUUUAGCCACACGUGGACAUUGCCCAUAAAUAUUCCUCCAUAUAGACAUGCAUUGACACUGCCCAUGAAGAAUCUUGUCAUAUAACUAUAAAUGAAGCGUACCCAUGAAGAAACACACCUUCUAGGUACACAUGGACACUGCAUGUCCUGAGACCAGAGAGCUAGUCUUUAACUAUACUCAAGAUACAUGAUUUAUGUAAAAUGGAUACAUCUAAUGGAUGUGUGGUGAAUGAUUGUAAAACCCCUAUGUUUACAUGAAAAUAAAAUUAUCUCAUCCCUCCCAAA